GCGUCGGCGGACGACGACGGAGCGACGACGACGGUGAUUCAGACGGGAGACGCGGUCGAUCGAGGCGAUCGGUCGAUCGAUUGUCACGACGCGCUGGAGCGGUUGAAACGAGAGGCGAACGCGUCGGGGGACGAGGUGGUGACGUUGAUGGGGAAUCACGAACUCAUGACGCUGCAGGGCGAUUUGCGCUUCGUCGGGGGACGAGAGUUGAUGGAUUUAGGAGUGCGGGCGUUGCGCGAGGGUGGGACCACGGGUGACGAAGAUGGAAGUGGGGCGUCGCCGCGGGCGUACGCGCACGCUGGACGAUUGGCGUGGAUGCGGGCGUUCGCGCGAGGGAGCGCGAGAGGCGACGAAGUGCGAUCGAAACCGGUGGCGGUGACGAGAGGCGAGGGGCGGUGCGCCACGGUUUUCGUCCACGCUGGCUUGACAUCGCGGCACUUGUUCGGGGCGAACUCCGUGGACGCCCUGAACGCGCGAGCGCGAGAGUUGUUCGACGUCGACGUCGUGAGCAAGUCGGGCGAAGACGACGUAACCGGCGGCGACGGACCGCUGUGGACGCGAGAGAUCUCCAUGGGUGAUGAGGAAUUGGUGUGUAAAGAGGUGGAGGAGACGCUCGCGAGAUUGAACGUCAAGCGAAUGGUAGUCGGUCACACGCCUACGAAGAGCGGGUCGAUCGAGACGCGGUGUGAAGGGAUGGUGCACAUGAUCGACGUCGGGAUGUCGAGCGCGUACGGCGGCGUCCCGAGCGUGUGGAUGUGCACCGAGAGCGAAGGACCCAUGGCGAUCACAAAUGCGGGCGAACGCGUGGCGCUGGAGUGA